ACAUGUAUAUUUUACUAUUAUCGCAUGUCUCAUGUCUUCGCGACGAUCAGAAUAAAAAAAACAGUGAAUAAUGCCGACUCGUGCGAUCUCACAAUUUCCAUUGGUCUCCCGAUAAAUACAUCGACUUAAUCCCCUAGGAAUCCCCCAAUCCCACGGGCAAUCUCCCUCAGUAUCCCAUACAACAGUGUUCACUCUGCAUAAAAUUUCAAGCCCCAGAGUUUCUCCAAUACCUCAAAUAAAGAGAAUGGGAAGUGCUUCAGUCACCGAAAACAUCCAUCGGAAUAAGAUAGUAAAGUUUCGCGUAACAAGGUGCAGUGAGUAGGAAUGGUAUCGCCGCCAAAGUUCCAGAACCAGAAGCAAAAUCCACCGUCCAAGGACAACAAGCGUGACAACAAGGCCCACAUCCGUUUGCAAAAAGGGACCAAACCGCUGGGCGGUAAAACCUACUACCUCGACAUCAAGAAUCAUGGAAUUUCCAGCAAACUAGAGGCUAGAAUAAAGGAUUUGGGUGGGGCAGUUGAAUUAUUCUUGGUUAAGAGUGUGACUCUCGUUGUGAGUGAUAGUGCCGGAAAAUCAGAGCAGCCACAUUGCGAUAAACGAAAAUGGGAUUACGCCAGUGGAGGGAGCGGGGGACCUCCCUCGCUAAGGAGUAUAGAGAUCAAAACGCCAACUCUGACGCCUCCAACGCCGUCCUUGAACGGUGAAUGUCCCCUCUCAAACUCGACAAAUACAAGGGGUCAAACUGCCCAUAGAACCAAAUCGCGAGUGGAUGCAAUGUUGGAACGUGCUCUGACACAGCCGCAAAAGUGUUCAGUAGAUCCUCUCGAUAACGCCCAGAGCUGGGGCAUACCAAUCUGGACAAUCGGAAGUUUUCAAAUUUGGCUGGACAAGAUAUACACAUCGCUUCGAGAAAACUCUAAUCUAAAGUGCAUUCGUCGAAACAAUUCAAUUGAAAAAGACAUUAAAGUUAAAGAAUUCGACAAGUCCUACAUAAAGUUUGAGUCUUUCAAGAGAGAGACAAGGCCUGUUUUUCUCGAGUUACCAGUGUGGCCUACCCUGAAUUUUGAAGGUGAUCCGGGCUCUUGUCCUUUUGAUAAAAAAAAGUGUUACAUCAAGCCAGAGAAAAAGGAUAAGUCCGACUCUAAGAAAGACAUGACACGUAGAUCACGUGCUCUGGCAACGAGGGCCAGAAGAUCCGAACAAUUGGUAGUUGGUUAUUGUGAAAUCUGUAGAAUUGACUAUGGAGAUCUUAGUAAACACAUUCAGAGUGACAAACAUCUUGCAUUCGUUCGCAAUGAUGAUAAUUUUUUAUCACUCGAUACACUCAUCAAUUCAGGCGCAAGUGUAGAGGCUUUCCUCAAGCUCAAUCAGACUGACGAUGUUGGACAGGAUUUAUUUCACAAUGGAACUGAUAAACUUCACGGUGUUGUUAUAAGAAAUUCCAAAUCUGAUAAAACAGUUAAAUCGGACAUCAACGAUUACCACAUUGAUGAAUUAAAAAUGGUGCAGUGCAAUGGUGCAAGACGUAAGCUUAAUCUUAAAUUGAGCUCACCCCACAACUUACGCGCGCGUACCAAACACGAGAGUGGACAUCUGCUUCGUUCAAAAGGUAGUCCUAGGCAUGAAGUUGAAAAAUCUGAUAAAUUUUAUGAUAAGUUUGAUGGUUUCACAAUUAAAAAACGAGCCAAGGGAACAAUAUGGCUCGAGGAAGAUGAUCCACCGGAGAAUAAACCCUGUGUCGAGGAUGAGGUAGACGCCAAAAGUGCAAUUGUGGAAGAGAAGAGCCCACUGAGCGAGCUGAACGAUGGUACAUCGAUAAAGGGUAAAGAUCGUAGUCAGAGUGAGAAGAAAUCUCAAUUAUCUAAAGUAGAAGAGAGGAAGGAUAAGAAAUAUCCCUCCGAGAAUGGACGAGAUGAGCCCGCGUUAGAUUCACUGGUCUCUAAAGUAGUCAAUGGGGACUCCAGACUGGAUGCAGAGCCGGCGGAGAAAUCUCCAGGAAAAGCAGUCCUCGUAAACGGCUCAUCGAAGUCUCCGGCAUUGAAUGCCACAGAUCGACUGAAUCCUGUUGAAGCGAAGCCCAAUAAGGACACAAUAGAAGAGAUUGAGAUUAAAGUACUAGACUGUGCCCCAUUAAAAUCCCCUGAAAAACCUCAACGGUCCGCGAGAAUCUCAGAAAGUGAAAAACAAGAAGAGAAAUGCAAGCCAAAAUUCCCAAAACGUGCUAUGAGGUCGAUGAGAACGCGUCAGAGACUAUCUGUUGAGGAGCGUUUGAUCGAGGAUAAUCGUGCUUACUACAAAGUUGAGGUACUAGGUAACAAGUUACGAUCAAGUACAGCUCACUGGAAUAAUGCCUCAAGUGUAGCUACUCUGAAGGACCCGAAGGAGCUUGAAAAUCAGAGGGAGUUAGAAGAUGCGGUUAAGAAGGACGAUGAGCCAUCGAGUGAGAAACCGGUGGUGGUGAGAUUCAAGAGAGUGAGAAAAUCAGAGCUAUCCUUGCUGAGUGACGAGGCUGAAUCGUUCAUGUUCGGUGAUUCAAGACGAGACGACUCAACAGACGCUAGUGAGAAUGGGGAUGACAAUGGCAGCAGCAGCAGUGUCUUACCAGUGGACACUGAGAGUGAUUGUGAACGUCGAACCUCGUCAAUUAUCAUGUCAUCACCAACGGCUAGUCCUGUUAAGCAAGAACCUAUGGACGAUGAUUCCCAAGAUUCAAUGUACAUGGGACGUGCGAGGAAGAGAAGACGUACACAGGCGGAGGCAUUGAUAAAGGAUAAUACAGACUAUUAUAAAUUUGAGAUACCUGGUAGUAGACUGAGAUUUCAAGGCUCACCAACGGCAACAGGAGAAGAUUUAUCCAGUAGUAUUGUUAAGAUUUUUCAAGACGAUGAACCUCCCAAAGUGAGCUCCCCUCAAAUCGAACGAGAAACAGACAAUGGGAAGAAAAAUGAGGAUAAGAGUGAUAAUAACGAGAAUUGCGAAAAGCUGUAUCCGUCCAAGCCAUCAGCUGAAGUGGAAAAAAUGAAAUUUUCUUUUGAAUCUGUACCGAAAUCUGAGCCUUGGUAUCAAACUUAUCAGCGCCAAGACGAAGGCGCUGAGUUUUGGCAUUUUUCCAGUGAAUCAGAUUGGAAAAAGCCCUUUCUACUGCCCUACGAGAUGGAAAAUUUUCACGAGAAUCUACUCAAGCUCUAUCAGAAAAACGAUGCGAGGAAGAGAGUCAGGGCGAUUAAAGCAAGUUGUCUUGGAAAAUCACCCAGGAAGAGUCCGAGAUGUCACGCCUCUACUCUGGCGAUAAUGUCAACGAUAAUUCGCAAGAGAGAACAGCAGUCGCAUUCGUCGAGUACCAGUGUAGCAGAUGAGGAAUCGUGCUCGCGAACGACAACACCAAAACCCGAUAAGCCUGAUAAAUCGGAGAAAUCAAGCACUGAUCUUGAGAUUCACAAAAUAGUCAAGAGCAUUGAUGACAUGCUAAAUGCUGAUGCUGGUGUUGUUGAUGAUUCCUUCGAGCUCGACACAAUGGAGACUAUUAUCGAAAACGAACCGCCCGAGCCUGAGAAGGACUUCAAGAGCCCCUCGUCGUGUCCCUUACGAAUACCUGGAGCGCCAGAUAAUCUUCUAGAUCUUUUGGAAAAUUGCCAUCAGCACAUGGCAGGAAUAGACAAUUCAUCCUGCGCUAGCUCUGAAUGUGGAGAGUUGCUCAUUGAGUCUCCCUUGAAGCGAAGGAAACGACGGAAAAAUCGGACCGGCUGGCCGGGUAGAAUCCGCAGGAGACUACAAGUCAAGCCAAUAAUCACUCAGGACGUUGAUUCUGAACGGGAGAACCUCCCAGCGCCGUCCCAUCGGCAUCAGAGUACAGCUGGAGAAGAAGAGGAGGAGGAGGAAGAGGAAGAUGAAGAGGAGGAAGACGACGAGGAGUUCGCUCAAGAAAGGGAUAAACUUGUAAAAUGCGAUCGAACAAAAGCCUCAAGUGACUUUGACGAGUGUAUCCCAUCCAAGUGUGAACAGGAGAAAGCGUCUAACGAUGAGAAUCAUGAAAAUGUGUUCAGGAAUGACAACAAAUCAUCCCCAACGAAGCAGCAUAUUGUGUCGAAAUCCACGACUCGAAGACGUCGCGAUACAGUUAGAGAAUCAGGAAGGCCGUCCUCGUCAGAGGCAAUGGAUUCACAUUUUGAAAAUGAAAAUGAUGAUUCUGGGUUUAGAAGGAAGGGUCAAUCGACGAUAAUAUCUCGAAAGAAUUACACCGCUGGAACAUUAGCUAAUAAACGCAGACAGCCUGAGGCUGACGAUCGUGAGAGCAAAACUACGGACAUAACUGAAGGUGAAACAAAUUCAGUUGGUAGUCAGAGUGAUGCAGAAUGCAUGAAAAAAGAAUGUGCCAAUUCUACAAAAAGUAUAAAAAAGUCAACGAUGAAGACACGAACGCGUCAGCACAAAGGUAGCUCGGGUGACUCGACAUUUGACAAGGAACCGUGCAAAAAAGAAUCUUUAGAUCCAGAAAUCGACAGUCCACUAUCUGAGAGAAUAACACCAGUCCCCCAACCGACGGGGGAAAUGCAACAGAGACGUGCCAGCAUUGAAUUUCAGCCUGUUGUCAGGGUUAGAAAAAUCGACGAUCAAGUGGAUAUGGAUCACAGUAUUUUGUCGGUUACAGUAGCGAGUAAUCGACGAUUGAGAAGUUCCACAUCACCGAGAUCUCGUAAUUCACCCCCCGCGAAGCGUUACAAAAGAUCAAGGGGUCCAUUCGGUAGAUGGAUGAAAGAGAGUUGAGAGGGCAGUUUGAAAUCAGUGGUUUUAACAAAGGAACUGGUGUAAAAAAAAAUAAUUACAUUUUUAGUAAUUUUUCCUGUGAAUAUUGAACAUUUAAUCACCAUUAGGUUAAUGAAGACAGUUAAAUUUUAAUGUACAAAGUGAGAAGAUCCGUAUUUGUCUUAUGUACUUUAGUAUUUAACGUCCUUUCAUAUUGUAAAACCCUCGAUUGUAUUAUUAUCAUUAUUAUUAUUAUUAUUAUCACGAUUAUCGUUAUUGCUUUUCUUUUCAAAGCUAAGACUACAGCUUUUCAUGAAUCAUUGUUUUGACGAGAGAUAGAUCGAAUUAAUAGAUUUUGUAAUAUUUUAUUUUUUUUCCCCCCUCUAAAAAUGUAAAUAUCUUUUUUUUUUAUUUCUCCCCCUCCUCCCUCAAUGCUACGGGAUUGAAGACUGGAUACAGCUUUACGAUACUGGUAUUUCUCCUCAAAAUCAUAUUUCCUGUCAUUUUCUUGUGAGGUACGAGCCCAAGGACAUUAAUAAACUAUAUCAUGUUUUUUUUACAUCAGGCUUUAUUGUUUAUUUUCCAUUCAAACAUGUGUAUAUCAUUGUUUUUUCAUAUUUUAUAGUCGCAUUAAUGGAAAAUAUUUCAUUGUAAAAAAGAAAAAUACAGGAUGAAAUAUCAGAGUCACUCUAAUCCCUCUCGUUCCUUAAAUUCUCUCUUCAACUCCAAUAAUUUAUUUCUCUUUCGAGUACGAUCUGCCGCUUGUUUAGCAAGCAACUUGCGCUUCUGAUUGUCCAGUGAAUAUUCACCGUUGAUUUUAUCGUCCAGCUUCGUUAUUAAUAUUUCACGAGCUAUUUUCUUGUUGUCCCACAAGCUUCUCGUUUGAUGACAUUUGACUACUAGUCCACUAGGUUUGUGCUUCAGAACAACAGCGUUGUUUGUUUUAUUCGUCGCCUGACCACCUGGACCACUACCCCUCACAUAUUGCUCCUCAAGAUCAUUCUCGUCUAGUUUAGGGACUCUAGAGAAGUCUAGAAAUUUUUUGAAUGACUUAAAACGAACCUGGAUUACCAGAAAUCUACUUAACAUCAUUCACUUCAGGCGCCGUCUAGAUAACUCUCUUGUUCCUUAGCAAUUGUUGACCUUUCUGAGGAAAAUAUUUUUAUUAGAACUUGAUUUAGUAAUUCAAUACGACGUAGGAGUUAGUAUGUACCUCAAUGUGAAACCGAAUGUCUUUAAUGUCCUCGAGCGAUCGAUUUUGCAAGAAAUCUUUUCGCACUCUGUGCACAAAAUAUUUUUGAUCUGUAAAUUUCAAUUGCGAGCUGUAUCUGAGCAGAUCUUUAUACAAUUUGAGGGCUUCAGUUCGCAUUGUGGAUCGAUUCAGUCUUCUCUUUAUUCAUCAGAACCUCAAGUUCUUCACAAUUCACUUCAGUUGUGAUAUCUCACACGUGUUUUUAGGUUCUUUACCAAUAAUGCAGUCACUCGACAAAAGUUUAGUCGAUAAAACAGUAUUCUGCAGUGUCCCAGAGAUGCAAAUCCCUCCAAAGUUCCUGAGUGAAUCUGAGGAAGUGACAUCUGUGGUCAAAGAGGACACACACAAGCGCAAAGAUAUACCUGGAUAUAUACAAUGUAAUGCGAAUUUUAGAUGAAAAAAAUAUUUCUCUGCAGAUAAGCUAGAAAUUAAAUUUACAAUGUAUGAAACAAUUGUUGUAUUGGCGGUUCAGUGCUCAUGUUAAGUACCCUUACGAUGAUGUCUCCAACGACACGCGCUGUGCAUCUGUGAUACCAAUUCUCAUGCAAAUAAUGCAUAAAGUAAACAGUUUUAUCAAAUAUCAAGUGCCAUGAAAAACUAUAAUUAUAAAUUCUAAAGGGUCAAAUUGAAAAUAGAAAACUUCAGCCCAUCUACCUUGGAAAAAUAAUAGUAAUUCUUCUCGGUUAAUUGUAUUACUAUUGUGAAUUUUACAUGGUCGCGAAGAUCAAAGUCCGUUGACACCUCGAGGUUUUUGUGAAUUAGGAACAUAGG